UAUUAUUUAUUAAUUGGGUCAUAAAAUAGACCAAACAAUUAUUAGCUAAAAUUUUAACCAUAAUGUAACUCUUAUCUUAAUAAUGUUUGAUCGAGUCAUUCGGAAAUUAACUUUUCUUUAGUGGUUGUGUAUUUCCUCCGAGCAUCAUUCAUUACUUACUACCAUAUUUUAUUAUAUUUAUUUUAUUAUUGUGAAUUAAAUUUAUGAACUAUAUCAGUUUUAUUUUCUUUAAGAUAAGUAAAAAAAAAUGUAUACUUCAAAUAAAAACAAAUACUUAGAUAUACAAUUUUAUUUUAAUAAUUAAUUAGAUUAUUCAUAAUUAUAUAACAUCUUAUAAAACUACAAUUACAAAAUUAUAAUUAUUUUUAAUUAAAAAUUUUUUAUUCAGAAAUUAUGACAGACAAAAAGAAAAGAACACAGCCUAUGUCACUCCAGCAAAAGGAAUCUCUUGUUGACUUUGUCAAAAGUCAUACAGAUUUAGAAAGGGGAAAAUUCAAUGACUCCUUUUCAUCCAAACAUGCCCAAUCACUGUGGGAGGAAUGUUCCCUAAUCUUAAAUAACCAAAAUGGAUCUACUAAGGAUUGGCAGGGUUGUCGGAGGGCUUGGUCGGACAUAAAGACCAAUAUAAAAAAAAAACAAUCAGCAGUUAACCGGGAACAAAGGCUUACUGGGGGCGGUUCAAUAAAGGCUAAACACUGUCUCAAAAAGAAGCUCGUGUGAUGAGCUCAAUAGGCGUCGUUCCCUUAACAAGGGAUCCUAAUAUGGUCGAUUCCAUUGUCCCACCAUUUGAUUUCACAGAACCAUCUUGUUCUUACACCUGUGAUUCAAAUAGUAUGUUUCAUAGUGAAUCUAUCUCUGUCUUGGCUACUACACCCCUUUCAUAAUCAACAGAAGCUGAAAUUUUAACCCAAGAAUCGGGUAAAUCAAUAGGUGGGAUUAAACGCCCAAACCUUAGACAGAAGUUUUAAACCUAUGUGAUAAUUUUGUUAUUUAAUCAAGUCAUAUUAUCAGUUAUUUUAAAAUUAUAAUCAGUUGUAUGAAAUAAAAAUAUUAUAUUUUAUUGAAUUUUAAAUCUUACAAGUUUAUGAUAAUAAGUUUUUUUUUAUUUUAUAUAAAUUAAUUUAAAAAACAAGGAAAAAUAUUAACAAAUCAAACAAAUAUGUAUUUCCACUUUUGCCUCUAUAUAAUAAAUAUAAUUUGUUAUCAUCAUUGUUAAUAUUGUAAGCUUCGAUUUCUUCAUUAGAUAAUUUCAAUCUCAGGAUAAACACAGUUAUAUUGUUGAAUAAACAACCAACAACGACAACCCCAUUUGGUGUGCUUGUAUUUUUCAUAGAU